AUGACUCCGGCCCGCCUGUGGAGUGAGGCUGAGAAGAGCCGUCUGCUAGAGUCACGAAAGCGAGAUAUCCGUUUAACGUGGGCAGAAUUCCAAAAGCGGCACUUUCCUGAGCGGACCAUCAACGCAGUCCAAUCAGCUUAUGGAAUUUAUUCCCGAGCAGAAAAGGAACCUAAGCAAAUGGUUGCGCAGAAUAAACCGAGUCCGGCAUCCAGCAUGGGCAAAAAGCGUCCCAUUACUCGCUCAGGAUCCCCGGAGAGCUGCGGUGAUCCGAAAAAGACCAAGACAGUCUGUGGCUUCGACGACUUCUCAGAAGACGAGGACGAGUCAUCCAAUCAGCUUUUUGUCGAAGAGCAAACCUUUGUCAAGGCUCAGAACUCAGACAAACGCGAUACCACAAAGACGACCAAGGCUGUCAGUCCGCCACUAACUGAUAGAUCCUCGGUCAACAACGCAGGCAUGCCUGAUCUGCCAGAAGAUAUACGGAUCUUCGAGAGAAUCAUCAACGCGUUCAAGUCACAGAGGCAGACGCUUAUGGAUACAGAGACCAAGCUAAAGGAGGUCGAGGGAGAGCUCAAGGCCUUGAAGAUGAGUAGCAUGAUCGAUCGCGGCCAGUCUCAAGUGACAGUGAAUGAAUUGACAGAAGAGGUUUCCAACCUCAAGAGGGAGCUUCUGCAAGUCAAAACCGAAAAGGAAGAUAUGACUCCCGAUAAAAAAGACAACUGUGAGCGUUGUGCCCAGUUGGAAGGCCAGCUCAAUCAGAUCGUCGCAAAUUUUCGGCCUCUUCAGAACUAG